AUGGAUGGAUCAUCAGGCUAUAAUCAAAUUUGCAGGUCGCCAGAAGAUGAAGAAUUAACGGCGUUCCGCACUCCCAAAGGAAUUUAUUGCUACAAAGUUAUGCCGUUUGGACUGAAAAAUGCCGGAGCCACAUACCAAAGAGCCAUGCAGAAGAUCUUUGAUGAUAUCCUCCACAAAAAUAUUGAGUGCUAUGUGGAUGAAGUGGUAGUAAAGUCUAGAAGACGAAGCGACCAUCUGCAGGAUCUGAGAAUGGUCUUUGAACGAUUGAGGAAAUAUCAACUCAAGAUGAAUCCCUUAAAGUGCGCAUUUGGAGUGAAGUCUGGAAAAUUUCUUGGUUUCAUCGUCCGCCACCAAGGCAUAGAGAUUGAGCAAGCAAAGAUCGAUGCGAUAUUGAAAAUGCCCGAACCGCGAAACAUCCAUGACUUGAAAAGUCUUCAAGGAAAGUUGGCGUACUUGCGAAGGUUCAUCUCAAAUCUAGCCGGGCGAUGUCAACCAUUCAGUCGAAUCAUGAAGAAAGGCAUACCUUUUGAGUGGAAUGAGUCAUGCAGCACUGCUUUCAAUAGCAUCAAAGCGUACUUGAUGAAGCCUCCUGUUUUGGCCGCACCUGUAGCAGGACGUCCUUUAAUCCUGUAUAUCGCUGCUCAAGAACGCUCCAUGGGUGCACUACUCGCACAAGACAAUGAAAGCGGGAAAGAAAAUGCUUUGUACUACUUAAGUAGGACGAUGACACCAAAUGAGUUGAACUAUUCGCCAAUUGAGAAGUUAUGUUUGGCUUUGAUAUUCUCCAUCCAAAAACUUAAACAUUACUUCCAAGCUCAUACGGUGCGGCUCAUCUCCAAAGCAAACCCGUUAAAGUAUGUCAUGUCGAGACCAGUCUUGUCCGAUAGGCUUGCAAGAUGGUAUCUCCAGCUGCAACAAUUUGAAAUUGUCUACGUCCCUCAAAAAGCGGUAAAGGGGCAAGUAUUGGCUGACUUUUUGGCAGAUCAUCCAAUCCCCGCCGAAUGGGAAUUAACUGACGAUCUCCCAGAUGAAGAUGCACUUGUAAUUGAAAUCUCCCCACCUUGGACAAUGUACAUUGAUGGAGCAUCCCAUCAGGAUGAAGCUGGUGCAGGAGUUGUGUUCGUGUCACCAGAAAGACAAGUGUUGCCAUAUUCUUUCACAUUGACCAAAAAUUGUUCAAACAAUGUAGCAGAAUAUCAAGCGCUCAUCCUUGGUUUGGAAAUGGCAAUGGAUGCAAAGCAGCUACACUUGAAAGUUUAUGGAGACUCCAAAUUGGUAGUGAAUCAAAUCCUUGGAUUAUAUGAAGUCAAGAAACCGGAUCUGCUCCCAUAUGUCAAAUAUGCCCAAAAGCUCAUUGGACAAUUGGGGGACGUCGAACUUGAGCAUGUUCCGAAAAGUGAGAAUAAACAAGCUGACGCAUUGGCAAAACUUGCCUCUACAAUAGCCAUGGUUGGAGGAGAAGUUGCUAUACCAGUUUGCGAAAGUUGGGUCAUACCACCUGUCUUCGAAGAUGAGGAUUCUGAAGAAAAUGAAACCAACGCUGUUGAAGUCUUCGAGAUAGAAGAAGAAGAAGAUUGGCGCCAAUUGUUGGUAGAUUACCUGAAAUACGACAAGUUGCCAAGUGAUCCGCGUAGAAGAGUUGAUAUUCGGCGACGCGCCACUCGUUUCAUAUUCUUUAAAGGAACACUUUAUAGGAGGUCUUUUGAUGGAGUCUUCCUAAGGUGCUUAAGCAAUGAAGAAGCUGUCAAAGCUAUGGAAGAAGCGCAUUCUGGUGUCUGUGGAGCUCACCAAUCAGGACCUAAGCUACACUUUCGAAUAAAAAGAAUGGGUUACUAUUGGCCAACUAUGGUGAAAGACUGUUUGGAUUAUGCGCAAAGAUGUCAAGCUUGUCAAUUCCAUGCAAAUCUUAUCCAUCAGCCACCCGAGCCACUACAUCCCACAGUCGCGUCUUGGCCUUUUGAUGCUUGGGGCAUGGAUGUUGUUGGCCCGUUGACAAAAUCAUCAGGGGGACACUUAUACAUUUUAGCUGCGACUGAUUACUUCUCUAAGUGGGCUGAAGCACUACCCCUAAAAGAAGUAAAGAAAGAAACUGUUGCUGAUUUCAUCAAGACCCACAUCAUCUAUCGCUAUGGAGUUCCCCGAUAUAUCAUUACCGAUAAUGGAACGCCUUUCAGCAAUACGUUGAUAAAUAAACUUUGUGAGAAAUUUAGGUUCAAGCAGCGAAAGUCAUCCAUGUAUAAUGCGCCUGCCAACGGAUUAGCGGAAGCUUUCAACAAAACCUUGUGCAACUUGUUGAAGAAGGUGGUUGCGAAGACAAAGCGCGAUUGGCACGAAAGGAUUGGAGAAGCAUUAUGGGCGUACAGAACAACUCAUAGGACCCCAACACAAGCUACUCCUUAUUCUUUAGUCUAUGGUGUGGAAGCUGUUAUUCCCCUCGAGCAGCAGAUCCCCUCGCUAAGGAUUGCCAUACAAGAAGGCUUGACCGAAGAAGAAAAUGCUCGUCUGCGCUUGGAAGAGUUAGAAGCAUUGGAUGAGAGGAGAUUGGAAGCUCAACAAAGAUUGGAGUGCUAUCAAGCUCGAUUGUCAAAGGCUUUCAACAAGAAGGUACGACCGCGCUCUUUCCAAGUUGGAGAUUUGGUGCUUGCAGUGAGAAGGCCAAUUAUCAUGACUCAUCGUGUUGGAAACAAAUUUGUAUCAAGAUGGGAUGGCCCAUAUGUCGUCAAAGAAGUCUACACCAACGGGGCAUAUAAGCUACUUUCGGAAGACAAUGUGAGAGUUGGGCCCAUAAAUGGAAAGUUCUUGAAGCGCUACUAUCCCUGA